AUGCCCCACCCGAAACACAUCCUCCCCCUUUCCCUCCUUCUCCCUUUCACCAAUGGCGCCCUACCCCCCGGCUACCUCCCCUUUCCCGUUCCUGGCCAAGCACAGUUCAACACGACCAUCACCCCCAACAUGACCCUCCUGAAAUCCGACCGUCUCUCCUACUUCUCCAGCGCCCUUUACUUCUCCAACUUCCCCAAUAAUCACCCCUUCGCCUACGGGGAAAAGAAUGCGGACCAUCAGUUCGCAGCGCUGACGCGCGACGUCUUCAUCGGGAUGGACAAGGUGGGGCGGGAGUGGGAGGAGGGGAAGGGGAAGGUGGGGGACCAGCCGCGGCAUGAGGAUGAGUGGAGGCCGGAGAUCAUGAGCGGGAUGGUGGUGCGCGGGGAUCUGUUGUUUUUGUCGAGUUUCAAACUGAAAGAUAUGGGAAACGGGACGACGGGGUUGAGGUUCGAUGGGAAGGGUGAGGGAGAGAAGGGUAGUCAGGCCAGGGAGGAACUGUAUGAUGGAGUGAAGGAGUGUCUCGUAGACUGCAAAGACAUCUUCCUCGCCGAAGAACCCGUGAUCCCAGCUCGACAGCGUCGAGACGAUGGCGGUGGCAUGCCCGAGGGUCCUCGUUCAGACGAGAUAGCCAGAUUGAAAAAGAAGGCUACUUGCAGCCAAUGCGCGCUCCUCCAGCUCUUCAUGCACAACGACACCGACCGCGCAGACUGCGACAACGCCCGCUUCGUCAGCUUCAGUCUCACUGAAUCCAUCACUGCCUCGCCAUCCGGCUCCAAGGAAGACGUCCCGCUCAUCGACAGGAUCAGCAUUCUCGACCCAUGCAAGGACGGCGGCAUCGACGGCUUCGAUUGCGGACGCGCCGUCAAGUUGUGCGGGAAAGGGAGUCGUACCAUAUUUGAGCAGGUGGGGAAGGCGAUGUACAUGCUCGGGCCGUGGUUUCUAGAGGAGGAUAGUAUAUAUGAAGGGGAAGGGAAGGAGACGUUAGUGGAGCCGGAGUAUAUGUACAAUGACUCGAAGAGGUAUUUUGAGUUCAAGGGUGCAGGGUUUGAUGCGGAUUCCGUGGUGCUGGAGGAUGUGAACGAGGUGAAUUGA